CUGAGGCAAGGAUUAAGCGCGCGUUCGUACGUGGCCGUGAUUUUUUAUGUUGCACACGGUACCCGCUCAUUUGAGAUUUGCUGAUCGGUACACAAUUAAUCUCCGGCAUUAAAAUUUGAGAAACUUCUCCACCGGCACUCAAGGAAAAUGUUACCCCCGAAACAGGGUGCACUUCUCUUUUAACUCUUUGGAGGGUUGCAGUGAUAAGUUAGAGCUCUCGAAAUGAGCUUUGCAAUGUUUCCCAGACGACCGUCCCUGUGUUCUGUAUUCCUCAUGAUCCUACUUGCUCUCGCAGUUCUAUUGGUUACGUUGUACAAUGAUGGAGCCGCAGACAAUCGUCACGGUUCGGCAAGUGAUAAUGGGCUCAAUAGCAGGGUCUUGAAUAUUCAACAGAAAGUUUUAUCAAAGUUUGAACAGGGACCAAACGAAGGGAGGAGGCAGAGCAAUGACAAACCAAGCAGAAAAAUGGUCGAGAGCAAUAGCAGUGAGGACUCCUACCUCCCGUCAUCGAGCGAUUUCUCGGACGCGGAGGUCAGAGAGCGACCCAGCGACCUCACGGGAGACAACGCCAGAGAGGUCAGGGUGUCCUCGGAUGGCAACCCUCGGGAAUCUGAAGGUCGAGAAGGUCACCGGGUACGAGUCCAGGAGGAUGGCCCUGCUAAUGUCCAGGAGGGGAGCCAGUCGGGUGCCAAGAUCGAUGCGCAGAAGGGUUCUUCAGAAGUAGUCAACACCCUCAACCAUGCCCGAGUCCUCCAGUCACACACCAAGCUGCGAAAGCUUGAAGAGCUGGAGCCUAAGCAGGAGAUAAAUAAGUCAGGAAGACCAAUGGAUUAUGGGAAGAAAAGAACUUUCUUGCACGAAUGGAAUGAAUUUGAUGACUCGGCAUGGAAGACAUUGCCAUUGGUUGCCAGUCAAAAUGAUAUAGAGACGCAAAAGGGAGUUGCAGUUAUAUAUAACCGAGUUGGUAAAUGCGGGAGCAGAUCAGUUCUAGGGGUCUUGAGGUCGCUAGCACUGAAGAACCAUUGGCAUUUAUUGUCUUCCCAAGUUUUUAAUAGGACUAGAAUAAGUUCUACAUAUGAGGCAAAAUUAGUAUCCAUCUUAAAUCAAGUACAAAGGCCGUACCUAUACCAAAGGCAUCUUUACUUUGUGGAUUUCCGUAGAUAUGGAGUAGCGCAACCAAAGUACAUCAACAUGAUACGCGAUCCCCUGUCACGGAUGGUGUCUCAGUAUUAUUUUCAGCGUUUUGGAGACGGGAAGAGUGAAGACCGGAAUUACCAGGGAGAUGCUUUAUAUCAGACAUUUGACGAAUGCGUAUUGCAGAACAAACCCGAAUGCUACGGACCCAGAACUUUUUACAUCGUGCCAUACUUCUGUGGGCAGGAUAUUAGAUGCAGAGAGAAAUCAAUGUGGGCUGUGGAAGAAGCGAUACGCAACGUCAAGGACAACUACGUGGCAGUUGGACUACUGGAAGAACUUGAAGAUACUUUGAAGGUCUUUGAGAAGUUAAUUCCUGAAUUCUUUGAUGGCGGUUUAGAUAUUUACAAGACCUCAGUGAUACAGGAAGGGCGGUACAACAUUACUGCAAUGACAACAAAACACAAGGUUCCGCCAUCUCCAGAGGUCGUCAAGAAAAUGAAGAGUGUCUUGGAGUUAGAAUACAUCUUUUACGACUUUAUCAAGACGAGAUUUCACAUGCAGAAGAGGGAACUUGGGAUUUCGUAGUACAGUUUGAAGCACACAGCGUUGGGUUGUUCACAUGGACAUUAGUAAUUGGUUGGGAACCAUAAUCAACUGCCAUGGCCCCCCUUUCAUAAAGCGCUGCAACUCUUGGAAUUACCGUGGUAACAGAGCCGAGCAGCCAGUCACAAUCAAGGUUUCCAUGGAACUUACAAUCGUAUAAUAUUGGCAUGAAUUCACAUUCGUGGUUGUUAAAACCCUCGGUUGAACCCAUGGUUUAUGCAGAUGUAUAAAAUACACUUAUUUACCGCGUACAUGGACUCAUGAAUAAAAUAGCGUACUUAACCAUGGGAAUAGGUGUGAAUUUGGUGCACUGUGACAAAAGCGCGCAUCAGCAUUGGAAUUUUUUAUACACGCGCCCAAUACGCGGUAAAUUAA